AUGAACGAAGAUGAUGAUAUGAUGAAGGAUCUUUUAAAGCUGGAAUACGAAGCAAAACUAAUAGAUAAAGCAGAAAAUCAGUUUAUAAAGAAGGAAGAAUCUACAGUUGUUGGACAGCAAGAGAGUACAAAUACAUUUGCAGAAAGAUUUCAGAAAAGGCAAGAAUUUAAGAAGAAAAUUAGAGACAGUACAAAAGUAUCUCCCACAUUCUUACGAGAAGAUGCUGGAAAAGUUUGGAAUGAUGCAUCACUUUCUGAAUGGCCAGAAAAUGACUACAGAAUUAUGGUUCUUGGACUGCACCAGGCUUGCACUGAUGAUAAACUCUAUGAUGCAUUUAAACACUAUAAAUCAAUUGUUAAAGCUCAUGUUGUCCACGAUACCUCAAAUAGAGGUAAGCAUUAUGGAUUUGUGUCCUUAAUGGAUGUCAAUGAUUAUAUUAAAGCCAUGAAAGAAAUGGAUGGUGGCUUUGUCGAAAAUGCUAAAGUACAUUUACAGCCAUCCAAAUGGAAAGACAAGUCUUUAAAGAAAUAA